CCCCGCCCUGGGCCCCGCCUCGGACCCCGCCCCCUCCGCGCGGGGCGCUCCACUCCGGCGAGGUGCGGAGGCCGCCGGACUCCGACGGCGCCUCGGACGCCGACUCGGAGGUGGGUUCGGGGACCCCGAUUUCCACCGCGGAGGCAGUGGAGGAAGAAAUGGCAGGUCCCAGUCAACUUUGCAUUCGCCGCUGGACUACCAAGCAUGUAGCUGUGUGGCUGAAGGAUGAAGGCUUUUUUGAGUAUGUGGACAUCUUAUGCAACAAGCACCGACUCGAUGGACUCACACUGCUGACGUUGACUGAGUAUGAUCUCCGCUCUCCUCCUUUGGAAAUCAAAGUCCUAGGGGACAUUAAAAGGUUAAUGCUUUCAGUCCGAAAAUUACAGAAAAUACAUAUUGAUGUUUUAGAGGAGAUGGGCUACAACAGUGACAGUCCCAUGGGCUCCAUGAGCCCGUGCAUCAGUGCUCUCCAGGGCGCAGACUGGCUGUGUAAUGGGGAGCCUUCUCAUGACUGUGAUGGACCCCUCACUGACCUGAGCACUGAUCAGUACCAGUAUAUGAAUGGCAAAAGCAAACAUUCUAUUCGAAGACUGGACCCAGAGUACUGGAAGACCAUACUGAGCUGUAUAUACGUUUUUAUAGUGUUCGGGUUUACAUCAUUCAUUAUGGUUAUAGUCCACGAGCGUGUGCCUGACAUGCAGACUUACCCGCCGCUCCCAGAUAUAUUCCUUGACAGUGUUCCCAGAAUCCCAUGGGCCUUUGCCAUGACCGAAGUGUGCGGUGUGAUUCUCUGCUACAUUUGGCUCCUGGUUCUUCUUCUUCACAAGCACAGGUCAAUCCUUCUGCGAAGGCUCUGCAGUCUGAUGGGCACUGUCUUCUUGCUUCGCUGCUUUACCAUGUUUGUGACCUCCCUCUCCGUGCCAGGACAGCACCUGCAGUGCACUGGAAAGAUAUAUGGCAGUGUGUGGGAGAAAUUACACCGGGCCUUUGCCAUCUGGAGUGGCUUUGGUAUGACCCUGACUGGCGUUCACACUUGUGGAGAUUACAUGUUCAGUGGCCACACAGUCGUCCUAACUAUGCUGAAUUUCUUCGUCACUGAAUAUACACCAAGAAGCUGGAAUUUCUUGCACACCUUGUCCUGGGUUCUCAAUCUCUUUGGGAUCUUCUUCAUCUUGGCUGCCCAUGAACAUUAUUCCAUCGAUGUGUUCAUUGCCUUUUAUAUCACAACGAGACUCUUUCUGUACUACCAUACUCUGGCCAACACCAGAGCUUAUCACCAGAGCAGGAGAGCAAGAAUUUGGUUUCCCAUGUUUUCUUUUUUUGAAUGCAAUGUUAAUGGCACGGUACCUAAUGAAUAUUGUUGGCCAUUUUCAAAACCAGCGAUAAUGAAAAGACUAAUUGGAUGAAGUUAUCUUUGUAAUGAGUUUGUGAUUAAGUAUACAGUAGUUGUUGAAUAACUUUGCUUUCUCUCCUUAGGUUGUUCUUGGUGUUGCAUUUUGGCUUAUAUAUUGACAGAGUUCCCAGUUCUGAACAAGGCUGUGAUUGUAAAAAGCAAGAAAGAACAAUGAAGAAUCCUUACCUAGCUGUUUGAACAGAAAGCUUAAGUAGAGGUUCUCUGCCCUUCAUUUUAGGAAGAUUCAAAUGUUUGAAGUCAGGCUAUUGUUCUUACCAUUGAGUAUUUGUUUAUUGAACUUAAGCAAAUCAGUAUAAGCAGCUUGCUGGAUGAAGGAUUUUUUGUGAGUUUCCAGCAAUACACUAGUUAAGAAAUGAUAUUUUUAAAGCUCUUUAUCUUCAAAAGAAAAAACUGUAUGUACAGCGUGAGCAUACUUGUUCUUUGAACUAAUUAUCUGUGUCUGUCUGGAAAGUGAUUUGUUUUAUUGACAAAUAUGUUUUGCCUUCUGAAUUACCUUUAAGAAAGUUUAGUGAGCAUACAACAUGCCUGAAACAAGGGAACGAAAGGGGUCAUCCAUGAGGUGACCAGAAUGCUGACAAGGUGUUGUGGGGCUUCGCACUGAUGUGGGUAUAGGGCUGGCAUUUUUCACCAAAGAUGUAACGAAAGAUGCAGCUCGUAUUUUGUUCUGCAGGUUCAGUAUGAAUGUCAGCAAGUACUCCUGAGGAAAAAUAUGGCUGCAUUCAUAAAAAUAAUAAUUUUAGUGGUAUAGGUACAUGGAAUAACUCUGUGCUAUCAUUGCUAGACUGAUGACAGCCCAAUGUAAUACUUUUUUAAGUGAUGUUCUUUAAUGAGCCAAAUAGUGUUUUACCAGAGGUUAAGUUCUUAUGGAAGUAAGUAGGGAAGUACGCAUGCAAAGAAUUUCUUCUUCUGAAAAGAAAUGAAUAACAAGUUGUAGGCAUAGUGUUAACUUUUAACUUUUUGAAAUUUCUCAUUCUUGGCCAUCAGAAGUAAACAGUAUGAGGCGUAUUUGGAUACAAAGAGAAAGCUUUGUUGCUUUUCAUUUGUAAAAGCAAUUGUGUACAUACAUUCUUUCUGCAGUCAGGAAAUGAUACAAAUUAACUGCUGUUCACAACACUAGAAAUUUAAUAUCUUAAAUAACCUCACCUCUGUGAGAACAUUUGUCACUUUAUUUUUAAUGAUUUUUUUACAUAGCCGUUAUGACAGAAGUAGAUUGUAGAAUUGGAAAUUGACUCCCAACUGAUGAAUUUAGCCACUUAGAAUAUCCAUUGUGUAGUUUUUACAUUCCAUUUCUAACAAGGAGUUAGCCGAGGUGCUGGAAUACUGAGGCCUAAAGUUAUGCCACAGGAAAGCCUGCUCCUUCCUUAUCUGGGUGAAAUAUUUUAUUUUUGCAUUUUGAAUCAUAGUCCUACUCCUGCAUAAGCUACAGAGGAGCCUGAAUGAAUUGGGUAGGAAAGGAAUAUUAUGGGUAGAAGUUUCAGCCAGUGUUGAGUGACCCUAAUUCAAGUCUGUUCUGAACAUAAUUUAUUUCUCACUUGAGAAAUGAUACAAGGCAAUUUGAAUUUUAUUAUGUUUUCAUUUUUUAUUUUUGGUGCCAGGGAUUGAACUCGGGUCCUUGCCGCUUGCGCAGCAGGCGACGAAACCACUGAACUAAAUCCGUGGCCCAUUUAUUAUGUUUUAAAAUCUUAUAUUCAGAAUCUUAUAGUAUCUUAAAUUUUUGGUUCUGUUAUGUGCUAGGGGCAAAAAUGCCAACAUGUGAUCAAAGAAAGUUGCAUAAUCAUGAAGGGUAAAGGAUGUUUCCUAUGCUCCUUGGAGUGGUUUGACCCUUGAGGUCAAAAGAUAUGUUAUUGACUUCUUUUUUCCCCUAAAUGACAGAACAGUGCUGAAUUUAGCCAGGGAAGAACUGAUACUGGCUUUUGGUAAUAUGUUCCAAAAAAAUUCUGUGGCAAUAUUAAUUUUAAAUGUUAAAUAGCUAUUAAUGGUGAAUAUCUUCUUUCCUUCAUAUAGAUUCCAUUGUAGGAAAAGCUAGAAAAAUAGGGCAACUAAAUUUGCGGAGCUUUUGACAAUGAGAGUACCUAACAGCAGACUUCAGUGAUAAUUGUACAAUAAGUUUUCCAGCUUGCAUUUACUCCUAUUUUGAGAAAAAAGUAAGCUAGAUUCAUAAUUUAUUGUUUUAACUAUUACAAGGCAGUGUUUACAUAAAUUAAUCAUCUCAAGGCCUUCCUUGGAAAACUUUUUUCUGUACCAGGGAUCAAACUGAGAAUCCUACACUUGGAAGGCAGGCAUGGUACCACUGAGCUAAAAAUCCCGGGCCCUUUUCUUGGAAAUCUUUGAGACAAAAAUUAUUUCUGUCAUUUAAAAAUGUAAAACCCAUAGUUUAGUCAUUUUUGUUUUGUCCAGAAAUUUCCUCUUUUUUUUUGUCUUUAUGUUUUUUUUCUUGUUAAAAUCUUAAUUGUAGGGCCACGGAUUUAGCUCAGUGGUUCUGGCACCUGCCUCACAAGCACAAGGUCCCGAGUUCAAUCCCCGGUACCAAAAAAAAAAAGAAAUCUUAAUUGUAGUGAAGAUAGCCUUUAUGUUUACAUUUGUACAUGAAUGUGGCUGGGUGGAGAAAAUGCAGGCCUUGUGUCUACCUUUUGUUUUUAACCACAUUUGGUUCUACAGUUGCAGAUUUAUGAGAGGCCUUCUUCCUUGGGAGCUUAGUACAGAGGGAACCCCAAAGGGUUGGGUUUGGAAAUGCAAACUGGAGUUUUUGUCAGAAGUCCUGGAAGCAUUGUCUGUGAUCUCAGGAGCAAUGUUGCCUUUUUUUCCUUUUUUUUUUUUCUUCAUAUUUUGAGAACCAGACGGGGUAGUGUUACUGAGAGGUAAUUGAAGUUGGUAGGGAGUAAGAGGUUUUGAAGAAGGCAAGUUUGAUGUUACCAUCAGAUAAUUCAGGGGAAAUGUCUCUUCGCUGUGCUCAAUUCUCAACACAGCAUCCUUCCCAUAAUUCUGAUUUCUAGAGCAAAAAUGCAACUUCUGUAUGCUGGCUCUGUUUAUCAGUAUCCUUCCCAGUUGGAAAGUAGUAAGCCUGGCCUUGGUUCUAGUCAUUUAAGUAAGGGUGGCCUGCUGAUAGCUUAACCCUUCUCAGAAGUGAUCUCUCCUGCUCUGUCUAUGCCUGCAGGUUAGGACUAGGAAUCCCAGCACUCCUGUGAUUUAUAAAUGGGGAACAGAGGAGCCAAAUCCUUCCAUAGCUGGUAAAAAAGUCUAUUGGAGGAACAUCGAUUUAGAAGUAUUCUUCAUAUACUUAAAAAGUCACAUUCCUAACACUAAUCUCUCUUGACUGUAGUCAGCAAAAGGUAAUUUCAAGGCUUCUAGAUCCAGAAUGCUUUCGGAUGUUAGACAUACUCUUGUUUAAACUCUCUGAGUAGUACAUUUGUCUUAUUGUAGACUGCUGUUAUCCCACACUAAGAAUAAUUACAGGAUAGUCAUUUGUCAGUUCUUGAAGUCAAGAGAGCUCUUUUAGAAUAGCCUAUUUGCUUUUUAAAAACAAUAUCGGUCUCGGUCUCAUUUAGGCAAUUUCAAACCCAACAGAGCAUGUCAGUUUUAAUGACAGCUUUAGUGGGCAGUUUAGACAGUUGGUAUCUGUUAAGUUUAUCCUGAGCUGGGCAUGGUAGCACACCCCUGUGACCACGACACUUGGGACAUGGAGGCAGAAGGAUGGUGAGUUCAAGGCCAGCCUAGCCUGCAUAGUGAGACUCUGUCUCAAAAAAAAAAGUCUGUGCAACCCCAAGGUCCUGAGUUCAAUCCCCGGUACCAAAAAAAAAAAAAAAAGCAAGUCUAGUCUGAAUUGCCCUUGUACCAAUAUGGUGCAGAAUUGUCAGGUAGCAUCAAAGGUUAGAAUGCUUCAGGUAACCAGUGAGAACAGAAGAGGCUGAGUUGGUUUGUGUUUGUUUCCUCUGUCUUGAGUUCCCCUCAUGGUUCCCUUGUUACCUCACACCAAGUGAACAACACUUAAAGAACUCACAAGUAACUCCUUCGUGUCAAGUUCAGUACACAUAGCUGAAAUCUGUAAGCCGUUAUCUCAACUACCAAUAAGUUGUUUUUAAAAAAUACAUUAGACUCCAAACUAACCAAAGGACUUCUUAUUUAGUGCGCUCUGUGCCUUGGCACAUGGAAGCUGUGAGCCGAAACUGGCAGGAAGAGGAGCGCUGCGGUUUCAGCACACUCUGCGUCUGCUGCCUUGUCUGGAGAACACAAGAUCAUAAUAGCAAUGCAGUGUCACAAAUGUUUCAUUAAAAAUUUUCCAUUCAGAGAAGCCAUGGUUUGUUAGAGCAACGAAGUAUUUCUAAUAUGGAACAAGGAAAGGAAAAGUGGGGAAGCAGAGAGAGUUUGGACUAAAGUGGGUGUGUUUGAGUUGUGAGAAUUCUACCCAGAAGUCUCCUUGUCCACAGAGAAACAAGUAUUACCUAAGAUGUGAAAGUGGUAGCCAUACCUUGAAGCACAGCAUUGUACAUAAGUAAAUAUCUUGAUUCUAAAUUAAAUUCAGAUUUAACUAAUAUAUAUUAUUUUAUAUUUUUGUUGUAUUAAAAUGUUUAAAAACACUAAAAAUAAAACAUUUGAAAGUUGGA